GUGGUGGUUCAGUCCGUCUCGCGCUACACUUGACGCUCCUCCCCGCGCCGCGCGCGUGCCGCAGAGCGGAAGACCGUCGCAACAAAUAAUCGGAUUUGCCUUUUUUUCGAAAUCACAUCCUCGAGCGCACGUUUUAUCAACAAGAAGGGGAUCAGCUGCAUCGGGUAUUUUAGGACAUGUGUACAUAGAGUGUCGGUCGGCUACAUUUAGUCGGCGGGUGCGCGAAUGGAGUUAUCUGUGAAGCACUGAAGUCAGUUUAUAAAUAAAUCCUGUAAAAUGGACGUGAAAGACUCGUGUUGAGGUGUUUUGGGAUGUGAUGCAUCAGCACACGGACUUCACAUGUGUUCAGAUGUGUUUCUGCUCGCAGUGGACGCGCAUGUCGACAUGGAUCGUGUUAAACGAGAGGAAUUGUGAUAACCGUCCCGAGAAAUCCGAGAACAAACUUGUCCGUUUCAUGCACAUCGAUGGAUAAACGUGAUCCGACGGCUGAUGUCAAAGCCUGACGAUCCGACAUCUUGCUCUGGAUGAAGGACCAUCACCUGCAGCUGAACCUUGCUAAAACAGAACUGCUUGUAAUCCCGGCCGACACAAAGAGUCAUCACAACUUCUCCAUUCAACUGGGCUCAUCAACCAUCACAACCAUCUGCGCUCUGCACAUGAACGACGUCUUGUGGUGCCAUCCCAAAAAGGUAUGUCAUCGAUGUUCAGCUGGAAUCAGGAGGAUUGUGAGACUUGAUUGAUAGGCUUCACCUAUGGCAGAGCAGCAGAAUACAGGUCCUUUUGUGUGAAUCUACCAUGGACCACAUGCUCUAUCAGCUGCUGGUCCUGGGUAUGGCUGCAAUGAUGACCCAUGCAUGCCCCAAAUACUGCACGUGUCAGAACUUAUCCGAGUCCCUGGGGACCUUAUGUCCAGCUAAAGGCUUGCUCUUCGUACCGCCUAAUAUUGAUCGCAGCACCGUGGAGCUCCGCUUAGGGGGAAACUACAUCCUCCGGAUAACGCAGCAAGCCUUUGCCAACAUGACGGAUUUGGUGGACCUUACGCUCUCCCGCAACACGAUAAGCUACAUCCAGCCGUUCUCCUUUGGCGACCUGGAGACCCUCCGUUCUCUCCACAUGGAUAAUAACCGUUUAGUAGAGUUGGGUCCAGAUGACCUGCGAGGGCUGGUCAGCCUACAGCAUCUCAUCCUCAACAAUAACCAAUUGGGUCGCAUCUCUGAGAGGGCGUUUGAAGAUCUCACGGCGUCGCUCGAAGAUCUGGACUUGUCCUACAACAAUCUUAAUGCCUUGCCCUGGCAUUCGGUCCGACAGAUGGUCAAAUUGCACCAGCUAAGCUUGGACCACAAUUUGUUGGAUUACAUCCCUGAGGGCACGUUUGUGGAUUUGGAGAGGCUGGCCCGCUUGGACCUCACCUCUAAUCGGCUUCAGAAACUUCCUCCAGAUCCCAUCUUUGCCAGGGCACAGGAUUCCGAAGGGAUGACCACACCGUUCGCUCCUCAACUUUCACUAAGCAUCGGAGGGAAUCCGCUUCACUGCAAUUGUGAACUGCUUUGGUUUCGGCGACUGGAGCGAGAGGAUGACCUGGAGACCUGUGCCUCUCCUCCAGGUCUGAAGGGACGCUACUUCUGGAGCAUUCGGGAGGACGAGUUUUUGUGUGAGCAGCCAUUGAUUACUCAACACACCCACAGGAUGCUGAUUCUGGAGGGGCAGACCGCCAGUCUACGGUGUGAAGCCAUUGGAGAUCCCACCCCGACCAUACAUUGGGUCGCCCCCGAUGAUCGAUUACUCGGCAACUCUUCCCGCACUGUGGUGUACCGCAAUGGCACCCUUGAGAUCCUGAUAACCACAUCGAAGGACUACGGGACCUUCACCUGCAUUGCGGCCAACCUGGCCGGUGAAUCCUCUGCUUCGGUGGAGUUGUCCAUUAUUCAGCUACCCCACAUAAGCAAUGGUACUGGACAAGCCACACAACCCAAGUCCCGCCUGUCAGACAUUACGGGCACCUCCAGGACCAGUAAAGGCACACCGAAGAGCCAACCAGAGAAGACAGUGUCUGUGUCUGAGGUGACCGCAGUCUCUGCUUUGGUCAGGUGGUCUGUCAACAAGGCGGCUCCCAAAGUAAAAAUGUACCAGCUACAGUACAACUGCUCAGACGAUGAGGUCCUCAUCUACAGGAUGAUUCCCGCCUCCAGUAAGGCAUUCCAUGUCACCAAUCUAGUGUCUGGGACCCGCUACGACCUGUGUGUGCUGGCGGUGUGGGACGACACAGCCACCACUCUCACUGCCACUAACGUGGUGGGCUGCGUGGAGUUCUACACCAGAGACGAGUACCCUCAGUGCCAGGCUCUACACGGCCAGCUGUUGGGCGGCACCAUGAUCCUGGUGGUGGGCGGAGUGAUCGUGGCCACGUUACUUGUGUUUAUCGUCAUCCUCAUGGUGCGCUUUAAAGCAGGGGCUGGCGACGAGCUCCUCACCACCAAACUGAGCGAUGUCGGUGAAACGUACUCGCAAAGCAACGGAGGGAGGCUGGGACAGAACGGGGUGCCUCUGCCGGUGCCCAAGGCUAAAGCGAGCGCACGGGACAAAGCGGCAGAAUUCAGGUGCGGCUCGCUUCAAAGCAGCUUGUCCUCUUCCUCAACAUCGUCCUCCUCAUCCUCAGGUUCGGCGGACGCCACUUCCUACAGCCCCAACAGAGCUCUCGCAAACAUCUGGAGGUCUGCGCCUCCUAAGCCCCGCGGGAACAUAGACCAGCUUCUGGGAGCCUUUACUUCUCUAGAGCUUCGCGGCCCGACCAAGGAGCCGGCUUCGUCCGGAAGCUCUGUCCCCGUGGCUGCCGCUCCCGCUGCAGCGCCCCCUACCGACAAGGAGCCUCUGUUGGGCCGGACACUGGACUCGCGGCUCAGCCGGUUGCUCAUGUUGCCGCUGGACUCUAAACCGAAGAGGAGCCACUCGUUUGACAUGGGCGACUUCACCGUGUCCACGGCGCAGCGGCUGCGCUCGUAUCCGCGCAGGGUGAGCAGCAUCUGGACUAAGCGCAGUCUGUCUGUGAAAGGGAUGUUACUGCAGUGUGAUGAGGAGGGAGAGGCCGGAGGGAGUAAAGGAACCACAGAGAGCUCCGAGUGGGUUAUGGAGAGUACUGUAUAGGCCACGUACACACUGCAGCUAAAUAAAUUAGCCAGUGACAACCGUAUUUACAUUAAACCACACAGUGAGUCCUAAUGCCGGGUUCAGACUGCACAAUAUUUUUGUUUAUUCCAUAGUUGAGGCUUGUCCACACGGGACGAUAAUCGCGCACGCUUAUCUCCUACGUUUAACGCCUCAUGACUAAACAAAGGGAGCCAAUGUGAGUGUGUACACCGACACGCAAAACGCCAGGCGUAAAAGUGUCAUUUAAAAAAAAAGCCUCAGGCUAGUUUUUUGGUUUGACGCGCCAGAUUAAAAACUGGCCGACCAAUGAGAUUGGUGCUUUUGUUCACAUGCCUGGAGCUGCUGAAGUUACAGUGAAACACGACUUGGAGGAGCUCAAGCACAAAACGGUCUUGCCGAGCACACAUUGAUACCAACGACGAAGAGGAAGUAAAUAGACGAAAGAUGCAUCAAAGCAAGAUGAAUUCUUCUUCUGUGUGACAAGCGAGUGUCAGAAGCACAAAGUUGCGCAGCGCCACCUUGUGUACCGGGGUAUUUCUGUUUUUCAUUAAGCACAAUCUACGUCAGGGAGUGAAUUUGCACGUUCACUCAUCUCAUUGCCAGUAAAAAUCGCUUGGGUAUGAACGUCGAAAAACGCUGGCGAUAAGCGCACACAAUUAUCGACCCAGUGUGGACAAGCCUAUAGUGUGUCAGAUUUUGACUCUUUAAUUCCAGUAGUGUCAUAUCUAGUAGCCCCUUGAGGAAACAUUGUAGAGGCGGGAGAAUUGUUACUAAAGCUUCAUGAUCUUUUUCCUCGAUUGCUUAAUUGCCACCAAUACCAUCAUCUCGCUUUCGUUUCGGAAUGUUUGAAAGCUACGUGAACAAGAGCUUGUGUGCUCAUCGAUCAACAUCUCCAGUGGAGAAUCAAAAAAUGAAACAUGCAAGUCUUUCUGUUGAGAUGUCAGUUGUCGUACACUAUGAAACACUAUGUGAGUUAAAUCAGUCUUGUGUCCCGACCGCCGAUGUUGUUCACGAAUCAUCACGACACCCAACGUUACAAACAGAUGGUGCCCAAAAUCAGGGGAUAUUGUGUAGUCUGAACCCAGCAUAAAGCAAACGAAACACCUAGAGAUGCACCGAUAUAUCGGCCAAUAAUCGGUAUCAGCCGAUAAAAGCAAUUUUUCAUAUUAUCGACCGAUAGUUUAAAAACAGCCGAUAAUCAGAGCCGAUAUAACCUGUCAAUCAAAAGAGGACAGGAAAAAUCCAAUGAAUUUGUGCUCUGUAUAUAGAAAAUGUUAAGAUACAUCACCAGUUUGAUGCUCGAUAUUAACAGUCAUUUUAUGAACUAAUAACAUUCAGAAAGUUAAGAGAUUCAUUUCAUCUUCAGAAUCGAUUUUGGCAGAUAUCACGCUGAAUAAUCGGUAUCGGUGGAGAAAUUUAGUAUCGGUGCAUCUCUAGAAACAACAUAUCGCUGUUGUCCUUCUGAAACCUCUUAUCUCUGUAUUGCUUGAUUUUUUUGCCACAAAUCAUUAUUAUUAUAAUUUUGUCACUGGGUUUUACAAACAUCUAGCCAAUAAAAAGUAUGUAAGUAUUAAAAAGUACAGUGUUUUUCCAUUUGCUAAAAAACACAUCUCUGAGUUUCAGAAAGACAGCGACGAUAUAUUACACAAGCAAUACAUUACAUUACAUACAUAACAAUGAGUUCUGAAUCUCUCCAUCAUAGUUUCUGCUUUUCAAUGUCAGUUAACUCACUCAUGUUAAUAAUUCUGUUCACACAGAGAAGUGCUUCUCAGUCUGGUGCUGGGGAUCAUUUUGUCUCUGAUCCAACAUCAGAUUAAAGAGAUUUACUACAAUAAAUAAGAGCGGUUGUCACAAAAAACCUGGUUGUGUGUAUGUGGCCAUCGAUUUCAUCCUGCAUGAUUCUUUUUAAAGUCUCUGGAGUCUCACGUUUAUUUUUUGCCUUGCCAUAUUCAGAACAGAUAUCUAGUCCGCAUCAGUCACAAGCUGUGGCCGGGUGUUUUGAGUGUGUGUGUGUGUGUGUGUGCAUGUGUGUGUGUCGUUUUAUGUCUGAAACACAGUUUUAAUGAAUGUGGAUGAAACUCUUGCCGUUUUUCACGGCUGCUCUGUGGAUCAAAGAACAUAAACAGGAAAUGUUUUUUCUCUCGAAUGACCAUACCAACGGUCUCCCCAAAGAACAACAUAAAUAAACACUGAAUAUCUCUGAUCUUCUUGUCCGCCGGUUUAUAUGUGAAAUGAAUUUAAAGCUUUUAUAUUUUGUAUCUUGUUGGUCAAACACUUUUAAUGUCACACUUCUUUCCAGAACUUUCUCUCCCUCACCUGCUUUUACCACCUGGUUUUCUUCUUGAGAAAUUCUGUGUAUAUUUCAAUGAAUCUUCAAAUAUUUGAAGUGGGUUGUGAUGUUCUUGUAUAUUCCUGUAUUUACAAAGAAAGACGCAUUAUUAAUGAAAAUGGGCUGAUGUGUGAAAAACGUCUGUUGUCAUUUUGAUUCAAUUAACAAUGAAAAUGAACCUUUUAAAGCGUUUUUGUGUUUGACUGUCAUCUCAGAUCCGCUUCACAUCACGUACACACUGCGCUUACAAACGGUUGUCACUUAUCAAAACACCUUUAUUAAUGUGCAACAGCAGUAAUUGUUUCACAGCAGAAGACGUAAAAUCAACAAAAUGUCCCAUUUUUUGUGAUCUGUCAUAAUAAGUAACAAAAGAUAAAUGAUACGUAUCUUAUUAACCCUAAUUUAAUUACAACGCCGAUCUAAAAAUGUUUACAACGAUGCAGAUGCCGCACACGUGAUGGAGUGAUCUGUAUGAAUUCGUCUCAAUUGCAGCGUCACUAAAGUGCCAAGCACAUAUAUGUGAAGCAAAUCCCAAUGUAUUACACGAGAUUGGGGUAAAUUGUUUUGCAGUUCUUGUAAUAAAAUGUAGGAUGACAAAAAAAAAGAUCUCCGCGGUAGAAAACAUCUGCGCUUGCCGCCUGUCAGCGCUCCAGUACUGAAACGCGCUCUCUGUCUGCUUACGCUUGAAUGCUACAAAUACACAUUAUUGUGUCAAAAUGUCCGUCUUGGCGAGUAUUUGUAUGGAUCUUAUUGGCUCUACUGUAGGUCAUAAAGUGACAGCGGCAUGCUACUGUAUCUGUGUCCUUAAUGUUUAUCAAACAACGGCAAACAAACAAAAAACAAUUUGAGCAAUUUGAAAAAAGAUCACAAAAAACAAUAAUGAAAUCCUGGUGGGACUGAAUAAAAAUAAAUGAUGCACACUUCAUCAAAGCUCAGCGGUAUGUACAUGUUUGGAGAACUUAAAGGAACAGUUCACCCAAAACAUGCCGCUAAAGGUUACACAAUGGUGCUUUGAGAUGUAAUUCUGAUCUGUUGGUUCUGGUUUUGUUUGUUUCUGCUUCUGAACUGUAGUUGUGCUUGAAAACCAGCACAAAUAAAACUGUAGAGAUAACAUCAAUAACAUCUAUUGAUGAUGCUCUCUGUGAUAUUCUGAGAGUCACACAUCUGAUCACUUUCGUAGGUGAUUUCACAUCUCACGUCACGUGAUUUGAGGGACGCUGCGGGAAGUCUUUCUUCGAGUCACGUGUGUUUUUGUUUGAUUCACGGGUGUGGCUCAGAGGAACCGUUAAUGAUUUAGUGGCUCUGUUUUCAACCUUUUUAAGUAUUAAUGAUGUGUUGAUGCAUUUUAUUCGUGUUGUUGUAUCUCAACAGAUCUUACACGGCAUUUACGUACAUUCACUCCACUGUAUUUGCUUUUAAUGUCCCUUCAUGUUCAAUUAAACCAUUUAAAUUUGAUGCAUUUGAUAAAAAACAGACAAAGCGCUAAAAAGUAUUUAUUGAACAAAAUAAUUUGGCAAAUUAAAGCAUGUCUGGGAGUAUGGGCUUAAUUACAAUAUACAAAAAAGCUCAGAGAAUAUAAAGGAAGUAGACUUUUAAAUUGUUUUUUUCUACAGCAGUCAUUCUACUGACGUUUUGCUCACGUGUUGUUUGUCAUUUUUCAAAACAUACUACAGAUUUUCAUUAAAUGAUCUUUAUGAUUUGGAAGGAUGUCAUAAAGGUUUAAAAACAAAUGAGGAUACGUUUAUUUUUGUUCAUGUUAAAUGAAAGUCGAGUAAGGUGCAUUUCAUGCAUCACAAUGUACAGUACCUUCAACAUCCUUCAUACCACAGCAGCCCCUUCAGAAAUAUUGUAUUUUUCGUUUGCCAGAACACUUUGUAAGUGAGCAGUGUUUUUCCCCAUGAAGUCCAUUAAAGAGCAGUUUGUGUUUGUUUGUUUCAUGCCUCAGGUACAGGUGUUCUCAUUCUGUGUCAUGACGGCCUGAAGGGAGCUGAUGAUAAAUGAAGCUCCGCUUCCGCUCGUGCUCUGUGAGUUUCCUCACUGUCUUAUAAAACAGGUCACAAACACUCCUCUGUUUCCCGUGUCGUGACCUGCGCUAACACCUGUGUGAUUUAUCGAGUGGACAUGCGUUCAUUAUUUUGGAGAGUUUUUAGAAACGGCUCUGGAGGAUGCAGUUGCAGAACAUGUGUGUGAAACUAAAACAGGAUGCCCGCUGUUACAGUCUUAAGUUAACACGGAGUCUGUGUUAAAGGAAUAGUUCACUAUAAAAUUAAAAUUCAUGUGUGUUGAUUUCUUCUGUUGAAAACAAAUUGAGGCUUAUGAGGAAAGCUUUCCAGGGUUCUUAUCCUUAUAAUGGACUUCAACGGGGGGCUGUUGUUUAAGGUCCAAAGCGAAAUAUUUAUGUUUAAAAAGUAUAUCAUUUUUGAGUUUUCUUGGAAAAUGACUAAUUGUUUCGCUAUAGACAACACCCUUAUUCAUCGGCUGGUGUCGUGUAGAGCCUUUUGAUGUGAUGUGGGUGAGUGAAUUUUCAUGAAAAUGUAAUUUUGUACUGAACCACUCCUUUAAGUGAAUAUAAAGAAAAUGCACUAAAUGAAUGAAAGGGUGCGUCUUAAUCAGCUCACGAGUCAAUCAUAACAUGAACGCAAAAAAGCAGGCUACUUGAUUUAAAUGAAAAAGUCUACUUUCUUUGUACUUGAAAUUACACUUAUGCUUCAUGUUCACAAGUACAUUAGGUCUGUGCUAUACGCACUCAAUCUUUUAUCUUAACUUGUCAUCGACGCGCAUGCCAAACUUCCGCAAUUUUGUUUCCUUGUGGGGUUCAGACACAAGAUACAUUAAACUUGCUGAAAAAUGAAAUAUUUGAUAAAUGUUUGAAAGUGUAUUUCUGUGGUUUAUGGAGAAAUCUGCUGUAGACACAAAUAUUAGUGAAAAAUAUUACAUUUAAGUGUAAAGCGCCGUUUGAAAUGUUGUGAUGAAACCGCUCUGCUCUACCAAACAUGGCUUUGUUGCACAUAUAAAGGCUUUAUAUUAUUUGUGCAACAAAGCCAUAUUGGGGAUUUAUUUGGUCAUUUUGUAUCCAUAUAAUGAUCCCCCUCUAGGGUGACCACCCGUUGUGCCGCACAGCAUUUUCACCCCUUGUCCCGCACGUCGCAUAUUGAGAAAAUGUGCCGCAGUUUCAUCAGUCUGUUGGUUUUUUGUUAUCAACACGUUCUUUAACCCGAAACGCACAUGAGACGCUUGUUUGCGCCAUUGAACUAUUGAACUAUCUAACAGCUCUGUGUCACGGUGCACUCCGGUGUCCAACGAGCUCAUACAAACGCAACUAUGUUUUAAAGCCUGACUUUUAUCCAGUGUAUGAGAAGAAGAAGGCAGUGAUUUCAGUCAUCAAGAGGCUGUGACGUCUGUCAGUAGAUCAUGUCAACUUGCCGAAUAAAAACUCACUAAAACAUCAAACUGUGUGGCUU